AUGGAUCCAAUGGAUUGCCCUUGGAUCACAGCCGUGGCCGUGGUGGCCGUGGCCGCCUUCAGCGCUGCGCACCUGUCGCAUCUGACGCGUCCGGCCGACCUUCGCCCAGCCCUUGAGGCGCUGGGCGUCACCAGACACGACGAGACACGGGACAAAUCGCAGCGCUACGAACGGGAGCUGAACCGCACCAGGGCACAGAUGCUGAACAAGGUGAAGAAAAUCCACAUUCAUGUGUCCUUUUGCAUGACUCUGGUGACGGGCUGGAGUUUGAUGCGAAAUCCAAGUCUGGUGGCACUGACUCAAUUUCUGGCGUCAGCGAUCUCUUAUGUUCUCUCUGCACUUCCAGAAAGGAUCACUGGUGAAGAUGCCGUGCCCAGUUAUGUCGAAGCAAUUUAUGUGUUCACCCACGGACUAUGGGCCCUCGGCAUUGCCCACGAAACAGACUUGGUGACCUUCUGUGUUCUGGAAAAGGUUUGUGGAGUGGGAUUAAUUUUCAUGUCAGUGAUUUUCAUCGACUUGAAAGCGAUGCUCUGCUUGUACGCAGGUGAAGCAACUCUGAUGCUCUGGAAUCAAUGGCAUUUGGUUGGUGUGGACCGUGUCAGUAUGAUGAUUUCUUAUUCCUUUAUAGUGUCGCACGUCUUUGUUCUUGCGGUCAUUGUAGUGGUUGAUCACACCAUGCGGUCCAUCAUCUUCGCGAAAGUCGAUGCCAGUGACGCCUCAUCUCUGAUGUUGGGAUUCCGCCAGGUGUUGCGAGGAGUUUGUGAUGGUGAUUUACUCUUGGACAAGAGCAGCUGCAGCAUUGUGGAUGAUGCAAGCUGCCUCGAACGCUUGCUGAAGUCCAGUAAGAAAUUGUCCAAGACCAAUUUCCUGGACCUCUUCCUGGACUCGGAAGGUCGCCAACGAUUUUUGCACUUUCUGAGUUCUCAAGAUGACGGAACAAGCGCUGGAAGCAUGCCACGGGGCCUCAGGAUUUCCCUCCAAGGUGCAGAUGGUGCAGUGUCGAUCGAUGUCUUUCAAACCAAGGUACCAAACCAAGGGGCCACAGGAACGGACUAUUGUUUAUUAGCAUUGAAAGAGGAUCCGGAGUCAGCUGAAGCUCCUCCUGAGGCUUCGUCUCAAGCUGCACCACCGAUUAACUCGGUAGUUUCGGCACAAUCCGUUGAAUCUCAAGGACGUGCUGGAAGCACAGCUUCUGAAGUGGUGGAAUCCUACAAUGAACUCGUUGAAUUCGCCCUGUUGGUAAGCAAUGAAACUGCUGUGUUCGAUGUUAAGGAGGCGCAUCUUGCUUUCAGGCGGCAGAGCUCAGAACCAGCCAUUGAAUCUGGAAUGCCCACACUGCGAAGAUUCAUCCGGCCAUCGGAUUGGGAUCGCAUGGAGAAGAUGUUUGACAUUGUGACCAAUCUCCCUCCUUCGGAUGUGCAGCAGCGAGCGCUGAUGGUGGAAUUGGUUGGACAAACCAAGAACAUCAAGAAGUCCUACUGGAAAUGGCAGAAUUCUCAGUUUGACGGAAAACCUGGUGUGACAUCUCCCUGUGCAGCGAAGGAGAACCAGAUCUUCACCCUGUGCUGUUUUUUCGCGGUGCUCUUCAUCGUUCCCUUCUCUGUGGUGUGCUGUUGCUUGAGGCGGCAAGCCGCCGGCAAGCCACUGAAUCGACUGGUCCACCUUCAGUUCGAUGACACCCGAUUCGGCCAGAGGGGUUCCAAUGUCUCCAGUCAUGGGGUCAGUGCGGAGACUCUGAAAAUCUUCAACGCCUGCAUCAAUCUCGAGGUGACUGCUGAAGAUACUGUGGGCUUACUUGCAGCCUCUGCGGAGGAACGCCGACAGCUGUGUAUGGAUGCUCGGAGGACUUUUGAGGCUAUGGCCUUGAGCCACCCCGAGCCCAUGGAACCGAACAGCGUGGUGCGCGUCGUGGAGGACACCAAGUCUGGCGAACAGAAGGGUCGGAAAGGUUUGCUGAAGAAAAUUAGUGCCGAUGGCCAGUGCGAGGUUGAGGUCUGGCCUCCGAAUGGUCCGCCGCAGAAAGCUGAAGAUGUGCAGACAAAGAUCUUCCCAAGAUCUGUGCUAGCGCCAGCGGAACCAAGGAUCCCUUGCCCCUUCAGUGAUCCGCUGAUCCGCCGCUGCUCGGCCUUGCUGUGGGCGCAUCUGCGGCGCCUCCAUGCGCAUAUGGCGCCUUCCGUGCAGGCAGAGCUCACCAAUCGUCUGGCGAUGAUUUCCAUCGCAUCCCACGGUGAAGGCGAUCGAUCAGGCUAUUUGGAGGUGGUUCGCAACUGCAUCAUGCUGCAGCGAUGUCUGGUUCAGGCGAUGGACUUCAAUGAUUCGCCGCUGCUACAGCUGCCCCACGUGAGGUCGGUACCAAAGGGGGCACCCAGCUUUUCAGAGGUGUUAAAGUCGCCCGAACAGUCCCUGUUGAAGAGACUCGGAAACUUCACGGAGCAACAGGUUCUGGACAUCCAGUGCUUCUGUCAGCACCUUCCGAUGGUUGAGCUCAGCUACAGCGUGGAGGUGAAUGAUGAAGCAGAGAUGGCUGAAGGUGAUAUGGCCACCUUGAAGGUCACCUUCACCAGAACCAACCUCUCCGACUCCGAGUCGGCCGGGCCCGUGCACGCCCCCUUCUUCCCUGUGGUGAAGCACGAGGAAUGGUGGCUGCUGGUCUACGACAAGCGUGGACGCAGGAUGAUCGCCGCGGAUCUGGUUCUGGGAACCGGCCGUGUCUGCAAAAGCAGUGUGAAUUUCAUCGUGCCGCGGCCCGGUGACUUUGAAUGGUCGGUGAUUGCCAUGUGCGACUCCUACGCAGGUUUGGACGUAACUUUGGACGUCCACUUCAGAGGGAAGAAGAAGUCUGAAGUGGAUCGGUCGAUCUUUAUUCAUCCGGAGGAUGCGGAGAUUCGCAGUUUCUUCGAAGAACUGAUGAUGGGUCUUGAUCAGGACCACGAAUCGGAUUCUGAAGAUGAAGAGGAUGAUUCUGCACGGCAGCAACAGAUGCAUCUGGGUGGCAAGUCAUGGUGCAAGUCGGAGUGA